AUGUAUCGACGAUCGAUGACUGUAAGCUAUUCUCCAUUCAAAAACAAUUAUGUCACGCUGCCAGAUAGCUACAACCGGAUCCUAUCAACCUAUAAAAACGGGUGUCUCUGCCUGACGUAUCGUAUCGACAGUUUCUUCGUUUCGUGGGCACCGUACGGCGGGGGUGGACUGUCCGAGAACCACAUAGGCAUAAAUGCUCAGGUUGCCAAAUCGAUGGGCCUCAAGGAAGGGGACUCCGUAAUGGUGGCAUUGAUCAAUAACGUGCCAUCGUUAAAACGAGUGGAAGUGAGUGCGGCGAGCAAAAAAGACUGGGAAAUGUUGAACAUUAGCAGCAGUCGGAUUCAAUCGAUUCUACUCGAUCAAACGAGAAUUGUUACAAAAGGACAAUACCUGAUAGUCUGGAUCAACGAUUCUAUCAGCAUCAAAAUCAGAAUAAAGUUUAUUAUUCCUGUCCUGGAAUUUGGUCGUCUUGAUAAUGAUACCGAGUUAGUUGUAGAACCGUACAAAGAACUUCCCGGACCUAAUAACCCAAAUACGGAAAUACCAAAGCUUACUCGAAGUAAUACCAAUCUCAACAUAGCGGAGCUUGUUCGACAACGCAACAUGGAGCGCAAGAAAUCCUCUGAAUAUAUAAGCGCUUUGGAAAAUGGACUAUCUCCAUCUGUUGCUGGUGGAAUCAUUUCAAGCCAACCUGCAAUGCUGUCUCCUGUUGAUUCGGUCAAAAAACGUCCUACCUCGUGGCAGAAAACAGUUGAAAAUGGAUAUGGCAAGGAAAACGGUUACAGCUUGACAGGAAGCCUGCCAAGAAGCUCUUUGAAACGAUCAUCUACAGCGGGAAACAACUCUUCAGCUGGUGCAGUUGUGGCAAUGAACGCACAAACAGCCGUUCGCAAUUCUUCCUUCGAAAAGGAUCUUGAGCGUCACUUAAACAGAUUACAAACCAGCAAGUCGAUGGCGAAUCUAAUAGGUAGUGAACCAGCUUCUCCGGUGAAAGAUAGCCCCAUUAUAAGCCCAAAAAAUGAACGCAGCAAAACCGCACAUCUGGACGGUUUGAUCGAAACUCUCGGUCAAAACGUGGCAAAAGUAUUCGAAUUUCGGGUUAUACGUGGCGUGUGGAAAAGCCGACGUAACGCCUCACAGCUCUGCGACAUACUCACAACGAAGGAAAACGUGCCAAGCACAAUGGAUAUCAAUAAACCGUACCUACUGACCACGAACGAUAACCGCGAAUACUACGUAAACGUUCGAUUGGCAAUGGACGGCGAAAGGUUUCCUAAGAACGUUUAUCCCACAGUCGAGAUUAAUGACAGACUGAUGCAGGAGUUAGAAAUUAAUCAUGGUGAGAAAAUUACACUCAAAGCCAUACACAAUGCGUUGAACAUUGUCGAAAGGGUAGAACUGCAGCCGACGUCGAAGGUAGCUCCUAUAAUUGAGGAAGAUAUUGUUGAAAAAUUCAAACAAUUCGUCCUACACAACUCUCGGAUUCAUGCACUGCUACUCAAUCAAGAGCAGCUGUUCAAACUCCCGGAAUAUUACCUCACCGUCAAACUCCAGCCACCUUCGCUGAAAUAUUGCCUUAUCAACAAUUCUAUUCUGCGGCAAAAUAAAAUUAGCUGCUUCGGAGAAGUGAAAACGGUGAGUGGAUUGUCUGACGUCGAGACGAACAAAAACAAUACACCUGCUAUUAAGCACGAUACAACUCAACCUAACGAAUACUUAGGGCUAGUUAAGAUAGAAAAAAUUGAAGCAAUAAUUGAGGAAUGCGCUGAGCGCUUAAAAUUCGCUCUUUGUCUGGAUGCACGAUCCAAAGUUCCGCAGCAGUGUAACAUUUUUGUUGCCGGUUCCUCACAGAGUGGAAGAAAAACGGUGUGUCAAAAUAUAUUGAAACGACUGGAGAAACCUCCUUUCUACUGUUUUACAAUCACGUUUGAGUGUGCCAAACACAAAGGACGCAAACCAGACUCGAUUCAGAAAGAUCUACGUCAUGCUCUCUACCUGUGCAUGUUUCAUAGCCCGGCCGUAAUGUUUAUGGAUGGAUUAGAUAUACUAACGCACCAGCCAGGCGACCCGAACACGCCCGAUGCCGAAUAUCACAACAAAGUUUCCGAUGUCAUCCGUAAACAGAUUGAAGAAUUCACCAGCAACAAUCCGAUUGCGGUGAUCGCAUCAAUCAGCGGUACUUCAAAUUUAAACCGCAGGCUGCACUCAUCUCGCGGAUAUCAUCUCUUUCAGCAGCUUGUAAACAUACCGAACCUUACGAAGACUGAUAGAGAGGACGCUCUCAAAAGCCUGUUUGUGCACCAUAAGUGUAAGCUGGAUCGCCGCAUCAACUGGAAGCGACUCACUAAUCAAACCGAAGGCUAUGCCAUCGGUAGUCUGGUGCAGCUAGUCGAUCGUGCCGUGUUCUAUGCCCACAAGCAAGACAGUAGACUUCCAUUUGUCACGGAGGAUAUGGUAGCUAGUGCGUUGGACGUAACAAACAGCUACUGUCUGGUCGGUAUCGAGAAUCAUAAGCAAACCAGCCAGCAGGACGAUGACGAUGACGCAGACGACGAUGUAGCCGGUGAUGCCAUACCGGGCCUCGAGAAUGCCAUCGAAGUGUUCCAGGAAGUGCUUAUGUGGCCGACGCGUUUUCCGAAAAUUUUCGAAGCCUCUCCUCUACGCAAUCAGGCGGGUAUAUUGCUUUUUGGUCCACCUGGAACUGGAAAAACGUAUCUGGUAUCUAAAUUGGCGAAAACGUGGAACUUGCGAAUGAUAUCAGUGAAGGGGCCAGAGCUGCUUGCAAAGUACAUAGGCCAGAGUGAGGAAAAUGUGCGGAAUCUGUUUGACCGCGCCAGGAGUGCGAAACCUUGCGUGUUGUUUUUUGACGAAUUUGAUAGCUUGGCACCACGCCGUGGUCACGAUUCAACCGGCGUUACCGAUCGCGUGGUCAAUCAGCUCCUCACGGAAUUGGAUGGUGUCGAAGGUUUACAGGGUGUCACUGUGAUAGGAGCAACGUCUCGUCCUGAGCUGCUGGAUCCGGCACUUUUACGCUCCGGUCGCAUAGAUCGGCUGGUCGAAUGUACUAUCCCAGGCGUUACUGCUCGGUUAGAAAUCUUCCGCAACCAAAGCAAAUCGCUACUCCUCGAUAAGGAUGUGGAUCUUCGAGAGUUCGCAGUAAAGUCGGAAUAUUACACUGGAGCGGAUAUUCGAAGUGUUCUGACUACAGCAAACAUGUUGGCGGUCCAGGAAUGUCUCAACGUCUGCGCUGAGAAAGUACCGGAGCAGAUAACGGUUUGCCAGCGGCAUUUAGUGGAAGCGUUUAGCAGCACGAGACCUUCGCUUACGCCACGAGAUGUAGCAAAAUACAGGGAAACCUAUGCGCGGUUUACUAACAAGGAACCACCUUCGCGAGAUUUCGUAGCCAAACGUGCGACGUUGGCGUAAUGGAACAGUCAUCCUUAGCGUUAACGUUGAGUACGGGAAAGAUGUUAAACACGGUGUUUUGUUAUGCAGGGGGUUGUGCUUUUAUUUGAUUUUUUGCAAUUAUUGCAUUUUAAUUGGUUUUAGUAGGUUCAUGUUGCAUACAUGAGUAAG